AUGGCCUGCAGCCUGAAAGACGAGCUGCUCUGCUCCAUCUGCCUGAGCAUCUACCAGGACCCGGUGAGCUUCGGCUGCGAGCACUACUUCUGCCGCAAAUGCAUCACGGAGCACUGGGUCCGGCAGGAGCACCAGGGCGCCCGCGACUGCCCCGAGUGCCGCCGCACCUUCGCCGAGCCCACGCUGGCGCCGAGCCUCAAGCUCGCCAACAUCGUGGAGCGCUACGCGGCCUUCCCGCUGGACGCCAUCCUGAGUGCGCGGCGCGGCUCGGCGCCCUGCAAGGACCACGAGAAGGUCCAACUCUUCUGCCUCACGGACCGCGCCGUGCUCUGCUUCUUCUGCGACGAGCCCGCCGUGCACGAGCAGCACCAGGUCACCAACGUGGACGACGCCUUCGAGGAGCUGCAGAGAGAACUGAAGGAGCAGCUCCAGGCACUGCAGGACAGCGAGUGCGGCCACACUGAGGCCCUGCACCUGCUCAAACGCCAGCUAGCCGAGACCAAGUCCUCUGCCAAGAGCCUGCGAGCCACCAUUGGGGAGGCCUUUGAGCGGCUGCACCGGCUCCUGCGCGAGCGCCAGAAGGCCAUGCUGGAGGAGCUGGAGGCUGACACCGCCAGGACUCUGACCGACAUCGAGCAGAAGAUCCAGCGCUACAGCCAGCAGCUGCGCAAAGUGCAGGAGGGCAGCCAGAUCCUGCAGGAGCGGCUGGCUGAGAUGGACAGGCAUGCCUUCCUGGCCGGCAUCGCCUUGCUCUCGGAGAGGCUCAAGGGAAAGAUCCAUGAAACAAACCUCACGUAUGAAGACUUUCCUACCUCCAAAUACAUGGGCCCUCUGCAGUACACGAUCUGGAAAUCGCUUUUCCAGGACAUCCAUCCAGUACCAGCAGCCCUCACGCUGGACCCUGUCACAGCUCACCAGCGUCUCAUCCUGUCGGAUGACUGCACCAUCGUGGCCUAUGGCAACUUGCACCCGCAGCCAUUGCAGGAUUCACCCAAGCGCUUUGACGUGGAAGUAUCGGUGCUGGGCUCAGAGGCCUUCAGCAGCGGCGUGCACUACUGGGAGGUCAUCGUCUCGGAGAAGACCCAGUGGAUGAUCGGGCUGGCACACGAGGCUGUCACCCGCAAGGGGAGCAUUCAGAUCCAGCCCAGUCGCGGCUUUUACUGCAUCGUCAUGCACGACGGCAACCAAUACAGCGCCUGCACCCAGCCCUGGACCCGGCUCAAUGUUAAGAGCAAGCUAGAGAAAGUCGGCGUCUUCUUGGACUAUGACAAAGGCCUCCUGAUCUUCUACAAUGCUGAUGACAUGUCAUGGCUGUACACCUUCCGGGAGAAGUUCCCUGGCAAGCUCUGCUCAUACUUUAGUCCUGGCCAGAGCCAUGCCAAUGGCAAGAACGUGCAGCCGCUCCGCAUAAACACCGUCCGGAUCUAGGAGGGAGCAGAGAAGGGAGCCUGGAGCUGUAUAGAGCCUCCUGGCCAGCAGGCUGAGUCCAGAGUCCCUGCUAAGACAGUUCCCACCUACUCCUUUCUGCAGGCUCUGGGGCUGUGCCAUUCCUAGCCCUGACCUCCUGGCAUUAUCCGGGUGCGGGAGGGUGCAGGGCUGGGGCAGGGGGGUUGUGGGGAUGGAGGGAGGCCAUGGAACUGUUAGUAUUUCAGUGUGAGAAGAUGCAGCAUCCUGCCUCCCUGUCUGCGUCAGUUUUCAGACUAACUCAAGGAUCCAGGCUGAGUGUGGACAUCCAGCUGGCUAUCCCUGGCAUGACCCCGGCAUUGCCAUGGGCACUCUGCCAGGAUGGAUGCAGGCGGAACCCUGUGCUGUUGGAGCCUCCUGCUGGCAUGGAGCAGAGAUCAAGCACCUUGCAGAGCUGCUGCUGAACCGCUGCUUGGUAUCUCAGCUCACCUAUGAGCUUCUAGCUGGGUUUGCUCCUAGGGACAGAGCAUGAACCAUCCUGCAUGGGGCUAGUGACCUGGCAGCAUCUGCACUUAGUAUUUGUUACAUUGGCACUCGGGGCCCCCGGCACCAAAGGGUCAGGAUCCCAUGCUGCUAGGCCCUCUGCAAAGAAGUGGGUGGCAGCCUCUGCCCCAGAGAGCUGCAGUCUAGGUUUAUGACAAGGGGCAACUAAGGGGGAGAGGGUGGGGAAGGACAAGGGGGAGGGUUAGAUGAGCAUGUUUUGCAUAGUGGGCUGCAGUCUGGGCUUGCCAGCUGGGCUCGCAGUUCCUUUUAGCGGCAGCUGGAGGCUGAGGCAGCGUUGCCCUGUGCCUCCCUGAGAGCAGAGGGCUCAGAUUGCCAGAAGUAAAGUCAUAGAGCCACCAGGUCAUCAAGCCUGACCGCCUGCAUGUCACCGGCACCAGCACCACCCCGCACCUGCUCCUGAAUCCAGCAACUGAAAUGAGACCAAAGGUGCUCAGCCCACAGGAGCCUGGGUUGGUAAUGCCCCAGGCAGAGCACAGGAGGGGCUGAUGGCAGGGAAAUGACUGAGAUACACCCAGGUAACCCUGGCAAGUGACCCACACACUGCAGAAGGCAGCAAAACUGCUCCCUCAGCUGAUUCCAGUACAGGGCAUGGGUGUCUGAGCAGGGAUGGGGUGUGCGCAUGUCCCCAACGAGGGCCACCUCGUUGUUCCCUCUUGUGUGAGGCCCUCCCCCCCCCCCCAGCUGUCCCCUUCACCAGGUUCUUUGGCUUGGGCAAAAUCUGCCAAGAGGAGCCUGGAUUGGAGUACCCCGGGAGCCAGCCUGGCUCCACACUCUGAUGGCUGCCUUAGGGGCAGACAUGGCUGGUGCCUGGCCCCAGAUCUGCCAUGGGUAGAGGCCUGCUGAGAUGCAUGACCCUCAGCCCAGCACCGGUGGAGCCUGCUCCAGCACUGUAUGCCACAGUCCUCGCUGAAGCCAGUUUGGCACCAGGGAAUAAUGGUCAGCCGUGAUCAUGGCUUGGUCCUGUGGUAGCUGCCUGUGGUUUUCCCUGCCCAGAGCCCUGUGUAGAACAGUCUGCAAGUCACUGCACCUGCAUAACCAGGCUGGCUGGUUCUCCUGGCGUCAUGGGUAGUGCGACACUGCCAAAUACAUCGUUGGUGCUGCUCUGUGUGCAUGCCUACUGGGCGCUCUGCCCCUGCUCAAGCAUUGUGGGGUAGCAACUCAGGUUUUCCCAGAAUGCACCGCUACCAACACAUAGGUAGCAGAGCACGGAUGCACCUGGUGUGUUGGCACAGCUCCCUUGUGUUGCAGGUGGAUCAGGUGAGUGUAAGUUACUGAGCACGGUGGACGUGCAGUGUGGGCAGCACCCGUUAGCGCAGUUUGUUUCCCAUGGAGUGGAGUGUUGACCUGCUGGUUGCCAGGACACAUCUGUGACUGUGACCGUGUACCCGACUCCGGAGGCAUAUGUUCCUCCCUCCACCUUGCUUUGGAACAUGUUCCUUGGCUCUUGUCAGUGAGCGAGAUGUGCUUCAGGUUUCCCCGUACCUUCUCCCGGGUGGACGUCAUCUCUCGGGGGAAUGCCUGCAGCUGCCUGGACUCGGGCAAAUGCCUCCCCACACUGAGCUGUGCAGUGGGCAAGGGCAGAGGGGGCUGGAGAAGAGGAGCUUGGGGAGGUGGGGGUGGGCUGGAGGAGAGGAACAAGGGAUGCAAGAGGGGGAUAUCAGAGUAAAGGGCGGGGAUAGGCAAGGAUGAGUGUGUGAGGCGGGGACAGCUAAUAAGCAAGGAGUCCAAUUUCCUCUCUCCAGCUGGGGCAUCCUGAGCAGGGUCCCAGGAAUCAGCAACUCCUGGUUCUUUGUGCCAUGGCCCCUCCCCGGGCGUGGUGGGGCAGACAGGUGAUGGGACAGUGCUCAGCCCAGUGCGGCCUGUCAGGCACUGCUCCUGACCCUUGAGGGACGCGCUCACACACUACCCUGGGCAAUGGCAUUUUGCCAGGCGCUGCUAGUGGUACAGAGGCAGCCAGAAGGCAGCAGCCUUGGCAAGUACCCUUGCAGUGGGUGGGGCUGGGAUCGCCUAGCCUGACUGGGUCUCCAUGCAGAGCCACCGUCAGUACUGGCACUUUCACAGGCUCCAAACACUAUGUCCUCCAAAGGCCCGUACCAGGAACCAUGACGGGCUGGGCUCCUCAUUAAUGAGCUGGGCACCCACAUGGGGCAGAAGUUAGAGCACGUGACCCGGGUGGCCAACACACAGCGAGUAGUCAGUGCAAUCAGCUCCUGCAUGGCCCAGCGGCCAAGGGGGACAGGAAGCACUCCAGUGCAUACAGGUGGGGACCUUGGCCGGGAAUCUGGAUCGAGUCAGCUAAUAGGCUGAGACCUAGACUUUACUAACAGGGGCUUCUGUUUUGGGGGGCCCCUUGGGCCUGAUAUCCAGGGGCACUGAGCAAACACCACCAGUGCCCAUCAACACCAGCUAGAGCCUGGAAGAACAGGCCAAAAGGGGCUCACAGCAGGCACCCAAAAGCAGCUGCUAUGACUGAAGACAUAAGCCUCACAUUGUAGCCAGUUAGUGGUAGCACCUAGCCCAGUUGGCACUAAGCCCAUAGUUGGCCCAGGAGCCGAAGCCGCUGGUCUGCACCCAGAGCAGCAGGGAGGCUAGCUGGGGGAAGUCCUGCUACCGGGAGGAGUAGAGCCUGCAGCUUUGCCUUGGGGCUGUGGCAAGGGGUUGAAGGACAGAUCUGGACAGGAGAAGUCAAAGCUGGGCCCUGUCUGUGGAGAUCCUCACAGGGCAGCAAGGAGUUAUGCUCAAUGGUGGGGAGCAGGCACAAAGCUGAACAUUGAGGUAGUUCUCUUGAGGCUGCCUGGAGCCCAUCUGGUGCUGGCCUGAUGCCCUUACUCGCGUCUCAGGUCAAAGGCUCUGUGCCUUCAGCAGGAGUGUGUUUGUGACAGGCCCCUGGGAAUCAGUUCCAUAAUGAUCAGAACCCUGAGGCAGGGAAAUAGACCCCAAGGAGACAGGUGGGGCCCUGCACACCAGGGCUAUGAGAAGAGCAGGAGGCUGAUGAGACUUUCCACUCUAUAGUCACUGAUGUCAAUGCAUCCGACAACAGAGCAAGAGCAUCACGAUCUGCAGUUACAGCUGGGGAAACUGAAGCACAGAGAGGGGAAGGCACUUGGCCAGAGUCCCACACAGCUCUGGGAUUGAUACCAACAGCAGAUUCCUGGUUCUGGGCCCUGCCACCUCCCCCAGACCCAGGCUGGGCUUGGCUAGGUACCCCAAGGGGAGAAGUCCAUUGCUGGCAUUGGAUGUCACCAAACCCUACCCCUCACUGCACCAAGAAGCCAGUGGAAGCACAGGAACCUUGGACGUGAUGUAGUGCCUUUGUGGGCAAUAGUGUAAUGGUAGUAGUGUCUGAAUGGCAGCCAGGAGGUCCCAUGGGCAAUGGGUGCAGAGACAAUGUGGCAACAUGAUGGGUAGGGUGGCAGCCCCACACGAGUGGCUCCAGCCCACCCCAAGGCAACUGGUGUGUGGUGAAUUUCACAUGGCAACAGACCUGCUAAGUCCAGGUUUUCUGAGCACCAAGGAGGUGCUGUCUGCAGGUGUUUGGAGAGACAAACGGGGUGUUCCCCACUGGUGUUUCUUGGCUCUGGGGACUCCAGGCUGAUCAUGUUGCUUUGUAAAUGAACGAACUUGGAACAUGUCAGGGGCUCUGGUCUGAGCAAGGGGGAGCAGCCAGCUGUGCUCACUCUCUGUACAAGUGUGCACAGCAGCCUGGUACAUGGCUGCCUUGGGCACAUCUGCUCUGUGCAUUGAGGGGAGAAGGGCGUGGACAGGGAUUGCUCUGGUUGUAUGAAGAGCCCGUUCUCCCCUUCCUGAGAUCCAGCUGGGACAUAAGGACUCAAGAUCCAGAGGACACUAGAUGUUGUGACUGGACUCAGGCUCUCCUGUCCUCCUACCCCGUGAGCUGGAUCACAUGCAGUGCGGUUUGCUUCUUGUCCCUUCUGGGGCCAUGUCUUGUCAGCCACCAGGCUCCCUGGAGACUUUCUGUUCAGUGAAUGGCCAACACUAAUUGCUGCUCUGCAGCCUGGCCUGGCUGCUCACUUGGUGAUAGAGAGGGGAAGAAUAAUGCUCCCCCAUUUCACGGCUUCCACUGGAGGUAGCUGAUGAGCAACACUUCCUCCUACCAGGAGGGCAGAAAGCCCAACUCCAAGGCACCAGCUGGCCAUUCUGUGCUGAGUGCCUGGCUGCAGACUCCCCCACCUGGAGAGGUAUUCCCCUCUCUGAGUACAUUGCACACAGCCUGGUGGAUGUAAGGGAGCAAACCCCAACGUCACUGGUGACAUGUGGUGUCUCCCCCAUCCUGGCCCAGUUCUUUCUGGGAAAAGAGGUCCAGCUUGCAGACCAGGCUGAGGACGCUAUUUGGAGGGAGUUGCUGAAACUCAGCCCCAUCCCACUUUGGGGAUGAAUCCUGAAAACUCCUUCUGUGUGUAAGGAGUCCUAUGGGGUGUAGCCCCAUGAGGUUACUCGUCUGAGUAGGUUCAGCCUCUUGGCAAGGAGGCUGCUCUGUUGAUGUCACUGAGAAAUCCCGUAGUAUGGACAGGAGCUGCAGGGAGAGAGCUGGUGUGGUGCGGGGACAGCGUCCUUCUGUAGCCUGGCAGGAUGGAGUGUCGCAGGGUAGUGCACCCACAGGCUGCAAUCCUGCAAGGCAAGCUCAGUGCCUGGCAUGAGUCGGCCCUUCCUGGCUUCACCAUUCAGGUCACUCCAGUGCCUGCUGGGUGCACUUCCACCUCCACCACCUGCCUGCGUGCUCCGCCAGUGCUGUGGUUUUUCCUUUUCCAGAAGCUGAUGGAUUCUGUAUUUAUUCCUAGUUCCGUAGCACGUAGUCUCUGACUGCUGCAAUAAAGGCAAUUUUUU